AUAGAAAACAACAUGGUGGACAAGAUUCAGUUUUAAAUAAACUCAUACACAAUUACUAACAUAGAAGCCCAUUAAGUCGAAGAUAUUUUAUCAUACAAGUAAAAUAUGCCUGGUGAGAAAAAGAAAGAAAAGAAAACUAAGGAUGAUAGUCCAGAGGUGCUGACUGGAGUUUACAUGUUUCCAAAUGGAGAUAAAUAUAAUGGAGAAUAUUUACAAAUUGAUGGUGGUUUAGAAAGAACAGGCAGUGGUACCCAUGUAACUGCAGAGGGCACCUGCUAUACAGGACAGUGGGAAAAUGAUAAGAUGAAUGGACAGGGGACUUUAGAGCAUCCUUUGGGAGCAACAUAUAUUGGGGACUUCAAAGACAAUAUGUUUCAUGGAAGAGGAAAAUACACAUGGCCAAAUGGGUCAUUUUAUGAUGGGAACUUUGUUGAAAACAGGAUUGAAGGUGAGGAAGGAGAGUUCACAGAUACAGAGGGACAAAUAUGGACUGGUACAUUCAGAUAUAAAGCUGCCCCCGGACUCCGAUUUAAACUCAGUUUGUGAAAGAAAUGACUCU